AUGUUCACCGCAACUUAUCACAAUCUUUCAUAUGUGAUCCUGUUAUACCUGAGCUUCACCACCUUCCUAUUCCAGACAGUAUCAUGCCUCGCCGUCCCUUCACCUGAAGAUGCCUCCAACGAUAACACAAAGCGAGCUGAUGACUCUGCUGAUGUCUACUUGCUCGGUAUCGGCAAGGCUGACGUGACUGGCCCUGUCGUCGAGCUCAAUCUUAUGGGAUACGCCGACCUCGGGCAGAUAGGAACGGGCUUGCGUCAGCGCCUUUACUCUCGGGCUUUCAUCGUGGGUAAUCCGGAUGAACCCAAAGAACGGUUUGUCUACUUGGUCUUGGAUACUCAGUCUGGUGAUACUGCUAUUCGCAGAGGUAUCCUUGAGGGCAUUGCUGCUUUGGGAUCGGAGUACGCAGUGUACACGUCUGAUAAUGUUGCUGUUACUGGAACGCAUUCGCACGCUGGGCCAGCAGGUUGGAAUAACUAUCUCAUGCCUCAGAUCUCUGCUCUGGGAUUCAAUCAACAGGCAUACCAGGCCAUCGUUGACGGUGCUGUCCUUUCUGUCAAGCGGGCGCAUGAAAGUCUUGCCAAGGGUCGUCUAAGCGUAGGCAAGAUUCGCGUCGAAGACGUCAACAUCAAUCGAAGCCUUUAUGCAUACCAAGCUAACCCAAAGUCUGAGCGGGACAAGUACCAGGAUGAGGUUGACAAGGAGCUGACCAUGCUUAAAUUCACUCGCGACUCAGACAACAAAGUCACUGGAGUGUUAACAUGGUUCUCGGUUCACGGUACAAGUCUUUACAUGAACAACACUCUUGUUGCUGGCGAUAACAAGGGUGUGAGUGCCUACCUUCUGGAGCAAGCUAUUCGUGGAACCAACGGAGCGACUGAUGAUUUCGUGGCCGGCUUUUCACAAGCUGCCGUCGCUGAUACCACGCCAAAUGUCGAAGGGGCCUGGUGUGAGGAUGGUUCAGGAAAGCAGUGCGACUUCAAGGAUGCGACUUGUGGUGGCAAGAUAGAGACUUGUCACGGAAGAGGACCUUUCUGGGGUUUGAAUGACGGAGGCACCAAGUCAUGCUGGGAAAUUGGUCGUAGGGUCUUCAAGCAGGCUGAUAAGUUGUACAAUCAGAUGCAAGGUGGUGAUGGUGUUGCGGUCACGGGAAAGAGUGUUCUUGGAUAUCACUCAUUCCAGGACUUUUCCGACUUCACCUUUCAGCUACCCAAUGGCACAUCAGCAAAGACAUGUGCAGCAGCCUUCGGAUACUCUUUCGCCGCUGGAACUACCGACGGUCCUGGGUACUUCGACUUCAAGCAGGGUGAUUCCGGUGAACCCGAUGCCAGUCCCUUCUGGGCUCUUGUAUCAAAGUUCUUGCGCGACCCUACCAAGGAGCAAGUUGAAUGUCAGUCACCCAAGCCGAUUCUUAUUGACGCUGGCGAGAUCACACUGCCUUAUGCUUGGGCUCCCAACAUUGUGGAUAUCCAGAUGCUUCGUGUCGGUAAUUUCUUCAUUAUCGUUUCAGCACCUGAGCUGACGACUAUGUCUUCACGACGUUGGCGCAAUAGUAUCAGUGAUGAGAUCAAGGAUAGAGGUGGCGUUGGAAGUGACCCUAUUGUUGUAGCUGGUGGACCUGGCAAUACAUACGCUCAUUAUUGUACGACACCUGAAGAGUAUGAUGUGCAGCGCUACGAAGGUGGCUCAACAGUCCAUGGCAGACAUAGUCUGGACGCUUACAUCAACCUGACAUCAACCUAUCUCGGAUACCUCCUCCAGGAAAAGGGCGCGUCGAAGCCGCCUGCUGGUCCAGCUGCGCCUGAUAAUCGGAAGAAUUCCAUUUCUCUCACCACAGGCGUUGUUUACGACAACCCCAAGAUCGGCACUAAGUUUGGCGACGUUAUCAAAGACGUGAGUAAGUCAAAGUUUGCAGUUGGCGAUACUAUCAGCGCUACGUUUGUGGGAGCCAAUCCACGUAACAAUCUUCACCUCGAGGAUACUUAUGCGGCAGUUGAGAAGAAGGACGGAUCUAAGUGGGUUCAAGUUCGGACUGACGAAGAUUGGGAUCUUGUUUUUGAGUGGAAGAGACUUGAUGGUUUGCUUGGAUCGAGUGAGGUUGCUAUCACUUGGGAGACUGGAUGGCAGGAUGCGAAGGAUAUUGGUUCUGGGACGUACAGAUUGAGCUAUUAUGGAGAUAGCAAGGCUCCCAUCACGGGUAAGAUUAAUACCUUUACGGGUAGGAGUAGUGAGUUCACUAUUUCUUAG